UAUAUCCUCACUAUAAAAAUGAACGGCAACUUUCAAAUUCUCCCAAAAAACUCCCCGAAAGCACCAAAUUUCAGCAUUAAUGGAACCACAAAAUUAAUCGCUAACGCUUCAGCUCCAAGACUCACGUCUCUACUCCAAAAGGAUAUUAAUCCUAGCUUAAAAGACCUAAAACUGCCUUCAAUUUGGAAACUGAACUCAUCUCCUAUUACUAUUAAAGAGAAGACCAAGAAGAAGCAGAAGUUCAAGCCUCUAACUGAUCGACAAAAGAUGAAAAUGAUUCAUCGUCAUAGGUUCAGCGUUGAUCUAAAGCUGUCUCAGAUCCAUGGUUCCCGGGAUGAGCAAUCCCAAGGGACUGCUCAAAAGAUGCCAGUGAAGGACAACCUAGCUCUGCUCAAAGCGAGAACCAAGAGGUUUCUUAAUAACCACAAGCAAAGUCUUGGAAAAAUAUACUCAAAUUUUGGUUCAUUCCCCAAAAUUGAGCAGAACAAGGAGUUGUGCAGGAUCUGGAACUUCUGGGAAACCUCAAAGAGAAUGAUACAAACACAGUUGAGAAUGUAUUACUUCCUGCAUCAUGCAGGCAUGAUGCAGGAAGAUUCAAAUCCUGAUAACAUUUAUUUUCUGCAGUUUAAAGAAAAUGAAUUUGAGAAUUUCAUCACUGCUUAUGAUAAGUCAAGCCAGAGGAUAUUUCUGUCAAGCAUCCAGAAGUAUUACAAAAUGCUCACACUUGGGAAGCCUAAUUCUGUUCUACAGACUGACACCGAGGAGUUCAAGAGACUGGUAUACUCUAUCGAUGCCAGCAAGCAUGAAGAUAGUGACACCACUGACUUCGAUGGAUUUUUGAAAAUAAAAUAUUAUUUCAUUGAUAGGCAAGCCACCGAUGAAGAACUUGAGAAAAUUAAGGAUUAUGCCCAUGACUUGUUCGAUAAGUUCAAACCCGAUAUCAGUAUUGAAUACAGAGAUGACACAGUGCUACAACAACUAGGAGCCUAAGUCCAAUAAAGAAUGUUUCAAUUUCUUA